AUGCAGUCAAAUAAUUCAAGAGGUAAACUUUUCACCUUUAGCGGCCACUACUCAGAUAAAAGCAAUAAGCUUCCUCAACGUGAAGUUGCAAGCCCUUUAAAUAUUUCUACCCCAAAACCUUCAUCAAAAAGACCAUCUUCAGCUGCAAAUGCCCAUACAGCAGAAAACAUUAUUGAGUUAAUAAGAAAACUAAAUGCACAGCCUGUGACUAAUGAAAAUGAGCCAAAAACAAUGACAUCUGGAGAAUACAGAAAAUUUCUGGAAUCACAAGCUAAAAACUUACUCCCCCCCCCCAUCCUCGAUCGAACGAUUGACUGUAAAAAUUCCUAAAAAUUGGGGAAAUUAACCCCAUCCUUGAUCGAACGAUUUUCAUAUCAUGCACAUUUUAUAUAUAUAAAAAAUAUUAGUUAUCAAACGCUUUGGAAGAUGUGCCUAAUGAAGUUUGUUUUCAGAGCUUUGAGACGACAGAAAGCUGCGAAAUCAACCAUCCGAAGUGAUUUAGACAUCAACCUAGGCUUAAAAGCUCAAUAAUCUAAUAAAAUAGAGAUUCUUUAAAAUUUUAAAAAAAUAUUUAAUUUAAAUUAAAAUUUAUACAGUUUAAAAGGGUAACUAAUAAAUCAAAAUAUUAAAAAUUGGUAUUUUUUAUGAAAUUAAUUCAAUUUUUUGCUGUAAAAAUAAUUAUUAAAUACUCUUAACCCUCUUAUUUAAAGUAAAUAAAAAAAAAAUCUAUAUAUAUCUUUUUCAUUUUAUAUAUAAAUUUUUUUUCCCAAAAAAAAUGUUUUUUAACCCCCAUCCUUGAUCGAACGAUGGCGAGUCGUUCGAUCAAGGAUGAGGGGAGUUAGGAAAAAAUACACAAAACUCUGCAUCGAGCAUUCCUGUAAGGAGGGCCAGUUUAACGAGAACUACUCCUCCUACAGCAUUAAUUAAGCAAGACGACAAAAACGUAAUUAGACACAAUACUGUAUUAUUAUCCGGAAAACCACCUUCAGGCAGAAAAAUUCCUGCAAGGCAAGAAAUUAAGCUUGAAUUACCUCCUAGAUCUCCAUUAGGCCCUAAGACAAUUUCAGCUAUUUUAUCGGCAAAAGAAAACUCUUUACCAAUUACUAGCCCAACUGAUCAAAAGCAUAAUGGAAAGAUUGAAGACUAUAAAGUCGACAAACAAAUAGGCCAAGGAGCCUAUGCAAUUGUAAAAUAUGCUGUUCAUACCCCCACAAAUAGAAAAGUUGCAUUCAAAACUUAUGAAAAAAUAAAAUUAUUAGACUCAAAUAGAAAGAGAAAUGUUAUGAGAGAGAUUGAUAUUUUAGCGAUGCUAGAUCAUCCUAAUAUUGUAAAAUUAUAUGAAACAAUUGAUACUACAAGACAGUUACAUAUUGUCAUGGAAUAUGUAUCUGGGUGCUCUUUGCAUGGAUAUCUUAAGAGAAAGCCUAAUAGAAGAUUAGAAGAAAAUGAAGCGAAAAGAAUAAUCAAACAAAUUUUGUAUGCGAUGGAAUAUUGCCAUGGCAAAAAUGUGGCACAUAGAGAUAUAAAACUAGAAAAUUUGUUGCUAGACGAAAAAAAUGAUGUAAAAAUCAUUGAUUUUGGUUUUGCAACUUGCUUUCCAAGCGAGAAAAAAGUCAAAAUUUUCUGUGGAACUCCAAGCUAUAUGGCUCCAGAAAUAGUCGCAAGAAAAGAAUAUGCUGGACCUCCGGUUGAUAUCUGGGCUAUUGGUAUUUUAAUAUUUGUUCUUUUAUGUGGACAUUAUCCAUUCAAAGGAAACGGUGACAAAGAUCUCUACCGAAAAAUACAGCAAGGCCAGUUUAUUGUUCCUCAGCAUGUUUCUUCUAUGGCUAAAAGCUUGAUUACCCGGAUUCUAAAAGUUGAUCCAGCUAAGCGACCUAAAGUGUCAGAAAUCUUGCAAGAUCCUUGAUUUGCAAGCCAAAAUAGCUUUACAAUGUCAACAGAAGAUUCCCUUCUUGCAUCGACAAACAAUCAUGCCUGCUCUAUCAAUGGUGAUAUAUUAGAUUUUGACAUAACCUGCAGCACAGUAAUUUCUAUUCAGAAAAAAAUUGGGGAUUCCCAAUCGCCAUCCCAUGCUUUCCCUGCUAAAGAAACCCUUGCCAGUUUUCCUCAUUCUCAUAACUAA